AUGGCGGUGACUGUGCUCGGUGAAUCAAGCAUGGGAACAUUCACCGAUGGACCGUUCGGUCUCGGGAGUGGAGGCAUACUGACCAGCGGAACGGCGACAGGAGCUUACCUCAUGGGGAAUCGAAACGUCGAUAAUGGUGUUGGAGCCGGUGGCCAGUACGAUUACCUUUGUGCUCCAGGGAUCCAGAACAUCAACACUUUACAAGUUCAGCUGGGGUUUGACCCUGGAUAUAACGGAGUCCGUAUCGAAUUCGUUUUUGCUACACAAGAAGCUCCAAGCGCCCUUGCCAAUAUGGAUGCUAUAUCGAUCCUUGAUGCGAGCAAUGGCCUCCCGGUUCAGUACGCCUUUGACACGAAUGUCAAUCAAAUCAACGCCUUGUCUCCUUUCUUGCUCGCACCGGAUGCCAUCUUCCCACCAGAUAGUCUCACGGGGUAUACGCGAUCCUCACCUCCGCUCGUGAGAACGAUACCGGCUCCAUCUGGUGGUGCCAUGGUCUUGAUGAUAUCCGUCUGCGACGUUGGGGAUGCAUUCAAUGACUCCGGUUUCCUUGUCCAAGCAGAGGCUUGCGUUGACUGCGAUUAUGGCUUAGACAAAGUUGAGAAAAACUAUGCCUUUAAGACCUCGACACUGCCCCCUGGAGAGCAGCCUUUCACUUCUACUAUUCCUGCCUCAGGGACUGCAUCUGGUACAUUUAUUGUUUUUGUGGAACCUACCAGGGUUACCAUUACCACGAGUGGUGAGCCCACUACGACUGCUGAUGAGACAACCACUACUAGUGAGACAACUACUACGACUGGUGAAGCGACGAUCACCACCACUGCUGAACCAACAACGACUACAUCAGAUGGCUUCACGACUACAACUGGCGAAGUAUCAACAACCACUAUUGAUGAGAUUACAACAAUGGAGCUGGUUUCAACAACUGAAACGAUGACCUUGGUAGUCGAUGAGACAACCACCACCACCGCUGAUGUUACAACUGAGUCGGUUUCCCCCACAGAGGAAACGACCAGCACGGAACAAUCUACGACUGUUGUCACUAGCGAGUUGGAAACGCUCACCACUGAUGAGGUGUCAACCUCUAUGGCAGACACGACAACAUCUAUCCAAAUUGAGUCCCCGGCGUCUACUGAUACCAAGUCUGUUCCCAGCACGACCAGUGAGGUUGCAUCAACCAGUGUUGACCAGGGACCUGUUCUUGCUUCAUACACAACGACAAGUGAGUCCGCCGUAUCUACGACGGAAGAAUUGAUCGCGUCCACAGCGGCAAGCACAUCCGCUUCUAGCUCUGUCAUUCCUGAGGCCUCUAGCGAGUCUACGCCAUCGUCGCUUGUCAGCACCGUUCUCCCGUCACUCUCCUCUACAAGUACCUCUUUUGCAGAAGAAGCUGAGACUUCGACUUCAGAGGUGGUCCCAGAGACAACGUCUGCUCCAGUUGAACCAGUGACGUCCAUGUCCCAGGAGACCCCUACGAUCUCCCCGUCCGAUGCUCCACCAGCAACAUCCUCCCCUGUUGAUGGCCCUUCCAACAUCGAUACCAUUCGUGGGUAUACCUACAAGGGUUGUCUCGGAUCAGCGGACGGUUACCCGAGCUUCAACCUUGUAGGCUCCGGUGCAAACAUGACCACGGCUAGCUGCGUUGCCUUGGCCAGAGGCCGGGCCUACGUUGGAAUCUAUGACCGAUCUUGUUAUGCUUCAGACUCCCUUGAUACAACCAGCCCGGUGUUGAACGGCCGACGUGAUAUCCCCUGUCCAGGUCAUAGCAGCCAUUUCUGUGGUGGUCUGGUUGUAUCCUCUUCCGAGCAUCGCUGGGUUGGCCCACGUAAAGCGCUCAAUACGCGUGCUGCACCAGCUAAUAUCCUCUUGACCUUGUACGCUCUGAAUGACGAGCCUCCUUCACCUGGUGAGACAAGCACGGAGGUUGAGGUAACAAUCACUACGCAAGAUGGAGUCACAGCCAUUCCCACAGAUGCUAUCCCCUCCAGGCCAGUUGCCACUGUCACCGAUAUUAUGACUGAGUCUGUUAUCCUUCAGCCGGUUGAAACAGUGAUCGACUCUAUCACAAAGCCAGGACAAACCCUGAUCGAAGCCACGGCUACUACAGUCACUUACACUAUCGUCGACCCUAACAAUCCUUCAACCAUGACUGUCACCGAAUACUGCGCUACCUUGUCUUAUGAGCUUUGCAGCAGUUGUGCUCAUCCUCCGGUCCCUACUGUCGAGAUGACCACUUACGUUGUUCCUUGCAACGCUUGCGGCCAUAAUGGCGAGAACGAAGUCACAAUCACUGCGCUUUGCGCUGCCGUUACAGAGCCAGCCAGAAAUGAUGCUCAUGGAUCACAAGACUUGUUCAAUGCUUUCGCCCCGACCCGAGCUGCAUAUCAUGCGGUAUCAAGGCCUGUUAGAACAGUCACUACGGCCCUCAGAGACACUAAGCCUACCGCUGGUGCUGGAUCUGGUCAUAUCGAGAGUGCCCCCCCCCCCCCAACCAGCAUCAACCGAGUGAAGGGAAGAAUACAUAUCCUGGGCACGCACAGCCCCAUGCGGUGCCUUCACAGUCUUCUUCUGGAGCCAGCGGUAAUGGCUCCACAGUGCCGGAAGUUGUAG